AUGACUCUUACUACGCCUCAUAGUGUGACAUCGAGCUUGGCAUGGGCAACAGCGAUUGCAUGCUUGAGUACACUCCAGUUUGGAUUUCAUUUGGCUGAACUUAAUGCCCCAGAAGCUUUACUUUCAUGUAACUUUCAUAGAAAUGGCCCAUUACCAACAUACGAAGAUACCCUUUGGUCGCAAUAUGGAAGGAAACAAUGUAUACCUAUGUCAGGGACUGGCAUUGCCACUAUCACAACCAUGUUUACAAUUGGUGGGUUUAUAGCAUCUGUUCUUGUGGGAUCAAGUGAAUUAUCAUCGUCUGUUGGGCGUAGAUCUAUGAGUAAACUCACUUCUGGAAUCUAUUUCUUAGGUUCCAUAAUUAUGGCAGUAUCCAAUUCAUUUUGGUUGUUCAACAUUGGUAGGUUUAUCACCGGGGUUGCAGCUGGUCUCUCAUUGGUGGUGUCACCAAUUUGGGUUAAUGAACUUACACCAAUAAACCAUAGAGGUUUGCUUGGAUCUUGCUUACAGUUGGCCGUAGCUAUGGGUAUCCUCUUAGCUCAGCUUGUUGGGUAUUUAUGGUCCAAUGACCAACAAUGGAGAAAUAUCUUUGUAUUCUCUGCAUGUAUUGGGCUUCUUCAAUUUGUGGUUUUAUUCACUACUAUUGAAUCUCCUAAAUGGUUAAUUAUAAAUAGAGGUGAUAUUCAUGGAGCAAAGAGAAUUCUUAAAAAUUUGAGAACUGAUCAUGGUGCUGCAGAAUAUGAAAUUAAUCAUUGGAGAAGAUUAUCAAUCAAUGUACCUUCAAAGCCAGUUAAUAAGAAUGAAACGUCUGCAUUGUUGGCCGAUAUAAAUAACUCGCUGAGAGUAGACGUUACAGAUUCGUUUCUUCCUCUUACAAGAACCGUUUCGCGUAGAGGUUCCAUUGACCCUACCAGUAUUACUAUUGGUGAGUUUCUUACCAAUAAGAAAUUUAUUUUAGAACGUACAAGUGUAUUUGCCAUUAUGACAGGGCUGCAAUUGUGUGGAAUUAAUGCAAUUACAUUUUAUGGGGUCCGAAUCUUAAAGGAUAUUGUACCAAAGGGAACUAACGUGUUGGUCAUAACUUGUUCACUUUCUGUGUGCAAUGUAAUUGCAGCAAUUUUAGUGUCACCUUUAGUUGAUAAACUCGGACGUAAACCAUUGUUAUUAACUUCAGUUGGGGUUAUGGCAUUCUGCAGUUUAACCAUUGCAUUAGGUCUUACCCAUGAUUGGGAUUAUGUUGUUGCUGGUUCCAGUUUUGGCUUUAUUAUUGGAUAUUCCAUGGGAUUAGCACCAAUUCCAUUCUUAAUGAUAUCUGAACUUGCUAGCCAUGAAUCUCUCGGAUCUGCUCAAUCUGUGGGGACUGCACUCAAUUGGGCUUCUAAUGUUACCGUUGCGUUUAGUUUUCCUAUCCUACAAGAUCUUAUUGGAGGAUAUGUAUUCUAUGGGUUCUUCGUUAUAUGUACAUCGUAUGCGAUAUUUUUCUACAAAUUCCUUCCUGAAACUAAAGGAUUUCAUAGUGCCGAAGAAGUUUGGAGAAAUUUCAAAAACUAA